AUGGCGGCAAACGCGUUCUCCGAUAAGACCUUCAACUCCAAAGCAGGCAACUCCGUCGUAGACAUCAUGUUCUUCACACGCAUAACUGCACGGAGUGCCAUUGGGAUCCGUGCAUUUUCAACGGGCCGCGUAUGCCGCGCUGAACUGGCCUAUCAGGUCUUUGGUCCGGAGAAUGGACAAGCCGUUCGGGAUCCAAUCCUGUUCCUGCAUGGUCUGUUCGGCUCUAAACAGAAUAACCGAAGCAUCAGCAAAGCUCUGGCCCGGGAUUUGAAGUGUCAAAUCUUCACUCUAGAUCUGCGCAACCAUGGCGAUUCAUUCCAUGCCCCGGAACAUAACUAUAGCGUCAUGGCAGAGGAUGUUGAAGAAUUCAUCGAGCAGCAGAAGUUGGACAAAUGUGUCUUGAUUGGCCAUUCGAUGGGGGCGAAAGCGGCAAUGGCCGUGGCCCUUCGCUCGCCUGAGCGUAUAUCGGGUUUGAUUCCUGUUGACAACGCGCCUGUUAAUGCCGCGCUGAAAAGCGACUUUCCCAAGUAUGUCCGGGGCAUGCAGCGCGUGGAGGAGGCAAAAGUUUCUAAACAGUCUGAUGCGAACAAAAUUCUCGAGGACUAUGAAGAGUCACUUCCCAUCCGUCAAUUUCUUCUCACCAACCUGAUUAGAUCGGAAGAGGACAAGACUCUGAAAUUCCGCGUGCCUCUCUCAGUGAUUGGCAAGUCGCUGGACAAUAUGGCAGAUUUUCCCUUCAGUGAAUCGGACGGUGCACAAUACAAUGGCCCCGCACUUUUCGUCCGAGGAACAAAGUCUCCGUACGUGUCGAGUGAGACCAUCCCGGCAAUCAAGAAGUUUUUCCCCAAUGCCCAGAUCGCAGAUGUGGAGGCCGGGCACUGGCUCAUAUCCGAGAAUCCGGAGGCGUUUCGACAAGCGGUGAUCAAAUUCCUUGAUGGGUCUUCAUGA